AUGGCAAUCGUUUCCAAUGAUCGAAUUCCCACCAAUAUCCCGAUUCUUGAUUCGAAGAAUUAUGAUAAAUGGGCAAAACAAAUGAGCGUUUUGUUUGGUUAUCAAGAGGUGCUUGAGAUCAUCGCCAAUGGAGUUACACAAUUAGGGGCAGAGGCUACCGACAUUCAAAGAGCUACACACAAAGAAGAGAAGAAGAAGGAUUACAAAGCCUUAUUCUUGAUUCAUUCUUGUGUUGAUAACGACAAUUUCGAGAAGGUUGGCGAUUGUGAAUCGGCGAAGCAAGCAUGGGAAAUCUUGGAGAAAGCAUAUGUCGGUGCCGUCAAAGCGAAGAAUGUUGUAUCGAAAGUAUUGCAUUCGUUAACGCCGCAUUUCGACAACAUAGUUGUGGCUAUUGAAGAAUCAAAGGAUCUAACAACUUUGAGCAAGGAUGAAUUGCAAAGUUCGUUAGAGGCACAUGAACAAAGGAUGGAUGAGAGAGGCGCCGACAAAGCCAAAGCGAAGAUUGAUUUGCAAGCGCGUUUCAAUGAGAAGAAUAAGAGGUCGAAAGGAAAAUUUGUGGCGAGAGGUAAAUCAAAUUUUCAGAAUUUUGGUUCAAAUGAUUCGCAAAAUUCAAAGCAUUCGACGAGUGAAAAGGGUGAAUGUAUCUCCAAGGAUAGUGGUCAUAGCAAUGGUUUCAAGAAGCGUGAUGUGAGUAAGGUGCAAUGCUACAAGUGCAGAAAGUUUGGACACUUUGCAAAUUCGUGUCGUGGUAAAUCGAACGAGAAUCACAAUAAUGAAGCCAAGAUUGCUAGGGAAGAGGUAGAUGAUGAGGACACACUUUUAAUAAUGAUCACGGAGGGGAGUUAUGGCAUUACGGAUGUUCCGGGCAGCAGCUACAGCAGUGAAAGUUUGCGGGACAGCAGUUGUACUGUUCCGGAAAAUAGCGAGAAAAUGCAUUCAGAUCGAAAUGCGUUGGUUACCGUUCGUGAUGGAGUCCAAGGGAGAGAUGGGUGGUACUUGGAUUCCGGUUGUUCAACACAUAUGACAGGUCGAAAAGAUUGGUUUGUGCAAAUCAAUCAAGCGGCAAAAAGUAAAGUCAAAUUUGCCGACAACACCACUUUAAGCGCCGAAGGGGUAGGAGAUGUUUUGAUCGGAAAGAGGAAUGGUGGACAUUCGAGGAUCAAAGAUGUCUUGUAUAUACCGGGAAUUAAGUGUAAUCUUUUAAGUAUUGGCCAAUUACUUGAAAAAGGUGCGUAG